CAAAAGGCAGUCUUUAAAAACAGCCUAGUGACAGUAUUGCAGGAAAUAAGUGAGUAAGUGGGCAUCUUGUGGUUUCCUUUCUUUUAUUCACCUGCAAAAGACCUCCAUAAGUAAAUCAUGUUUGGUUUCAUUUGACUAAUAUGGCUUGUUGUAUACCAGAUAUUCCCUCAGUCUUUCACAGGUUGACUGAAUACUAGUUUAAGCCAUAUCUAAUUUAAAGUCAAUUAGUUGAAAGUUAAUUUAUUCUAAAUAAAAAUAAGAAAGGUGUAAAGGUUACACAGUUGCACAACAUAACAGGUCUGGGUAACAGUUUAUUUACUGGCGUUUCAGACUGGCUUCCACCCUUCAGGAGAUCUUUAUCACGAUGCUUCGUAGGAGUCUUGUGUCAUAAAUCAGUUCACACGCACUGGACAGUGCUAUUGUCCUGAGUCAGUGUUCCUUGGAAUUACUGAGCGUAUAUACACCACUACGUGGUUAAUUAAUGAUAAGGUCUGGGAGAGGGCAGAGUAUAUUUUAGUGUUCGUUUCAAACCACAUGGGAUUGAUCUCUGAGAAUACCAGGACACACAAUGGCGGAAACAAAUGAUAUUAAGCUGAACGGUGUGAACUGUAAUGAACAUGGGAUGGACAAUAAAGCAUUUGAAUCAGAGGAGGAGAGCACUGAUGGUGACAGCAAGGCAUCAGCUCAUGAAAAUGAUUUUGAUGAAAAGGGAUCGACCACGGAAUCAAAGUCAUGCUGCAGUAAGGUGUUUGAACCCAUCAAUGCGGCUGAACGUUACUGCAAGGCUCAUUCCAGAAUCAUCAAAUCCAUCAUGUUGGCCCUACUCGGUGCAGGCUAUGUUGCAUAUUUCAUCACGGCCUGUGUUACGGAUUUUAACAGGGCAAUUGCCCUUGUAGUUCUCACCUGUUUGGCAGUGGUCUCCAAAGUUUAUGAUCUUGUACAAAAGUACAAGGGAGAGGACAUAAAGAGGUGCUUCAAGCCCAUACACAGGUGUUUCAAGAACAACCUGAGAUGGUUAAAAUGGGUGUUCAUACUGGUGGUGGUUGGACUGCUUGUGGCCUGGCUGGCAGUAGACACCAGCAAGCGUCCAGAGCAGCUCAUAUCCUUCGGGGGCAUCUGUAUGUUCAUUGUGAUCCUGUUCCUCUCCUCUGCCCACAGAACAGCGGUGUCAUGGCGACCUGUCUUUUGGGGUCUUGGUUUUCAGUUUGCAAUUGGUUUGUUUGUUAUAAGGACAGAGCCAGGUCUCAUUGCAUUCAAAUGGCUUGGAGAUCAAGUCCAGAUCUUUUUGAAUUACACCAAAGCUGGGUCUGUAUUUGUGUUUGGAGAACUUUUGUCAGACAUAUUUGCCUUUCAAGCAUUGCCCAUUGUGGUGUUCUUCAGCAGCAUCAUGUCGGUCCUUUACUACCUUGGAAUAAUGCAGUGGAUUAUUAUGAAGAUUUCCUGGGUCAUGCAAGCAACAAUGGGCACUACGUCAACGGAAACGUUGAGUGUUGCAGGCAGCAUCUUUGUUGGCCAGACGGAAUCCCCGCUGCUGAUUCGGCCCUACCUGAAAGACCUGACCAAAUCAGAGAUCCAUGCUGUCAUGACAGGAGGCUUUGCCACCAUUGCUGGAAGUGUUAUGGGAGCAUUCAUCAAUUUUGGGAUCGAUGCCGGCUCUUUGAUAUCAGCCUCUGUUAUGGCUGCCCCUUGUGCCCUGGCCAUGGCUAAGCUUUCCUACCCCGAGACAGAAAAGAGCAAAUUUAAGUCCAGCAAAAAUGUGAAAGUGGAUGGAGGGGAUGAGCAAAAUAUUUUGGAGGCUGCUAGUGCAGGAGCCUCAACCUCCAUUGGACUCGUGGCUAACAUAGCAGCUAACCUGGUAGCAUUCCUUGCGAUCCUGGCAUUUGUGAAUGCAGCUUUGGAUUGGCUCGGGGGCUUGGUGGGAUAUCCAGGAAUCACAUUUCAGGAAAUCUGUUCCUAUGUCUUCAUGCCUAUCGCCUUCAUGAUGGGUGUACCCAUACAGGAAGCCUACAUUGUCGCUGAGCUCAUUGGUACCAAGCUCUUCCUCAACGAAUUCAUUGCUUAUAAAGAACUUUCUGAACUGAAGAACAACAGGCUCAGUGGCCUGACUGAAAACACCAUCUCUGUCAGGUCAGAAACGAUUUGCACCUUUGCACUGUGUGGCUUUGCCAACUUCAGUUCACUUGGGAUUGUCAUCGGGGGCUUGUCUUCCAUCUGCCCAUCAAGAAAGAGUGAUAUUUCCAAUCUUGUGCUAAGGGCACUCUUCACUGGUACUUGUGUGUCACUGAUGAAUGCCUGUAUUGCAGGGCUUCUCUUUAUGCCUCUGGACUGUGUGGAGCUUUUUAACACGUCUGUUUUCGAAGUCACCAACCCUGACAUUAAAACAUGCUGUUAUGACCUCUUUGGAAGCACUGGAACCAACAAUGGGACCUUGUCGUUUGAGGGUAUUUGGAAUCAGGUGCCAAACGCCACAAUCUACUUCAACAAAUGUUGUAGUUUCUACAAUGCGACAACGUGCUAGUAAACACAACUAUUCAAAGGGGUUUUUACACUGAAGCAAGAUGGUGGUUCCUGGUUUGUACCAUUUUUAUACAUGUAGCAGGAAUGUGUUUGCAUUGAAAAGACAUGAGAUAUAGAGAUACUGAGCAUAUCCUAUUCAUCCUAAUCCUCUUUUGACAAUGUCUUGCCAAUGUAUUUAUUCUAAUUGUAAGAAACAUAACCUAUUGCUUUUUGUUGUAUACAUGUGUAAAUUAGUGAACAAAAUUGCAGAUCCAAGUUGAUAAACUUUUAGUUAUGAUUUUCUUUUAUCUUUUGAGAAUGUAUGAAUACUGAAAAGAUAUUAGGGAAAUAUAUCCUAAAAUGUUAAAUAUGCCUUUGUAUAUAUUUCUUUUAAAGAAUUGUAAAGUUAGUAAUUUUUCAUUAUUUACCUUCAAGAUAUCAGGAAGAAUGUACAUGCAAUUUUGUAAAUAUAUUAAUUUGUUAAAGGCAUUGCAUACAUUUAUGCCAGAAUGGACUCUUAUUAUUUGUACUGUACAUUUUUAUUUUUUUAUAAAAACAGUUGACACAACAGCACCACACACACUUACCUAACGCACAAGAUCAAAAAGUAGUCUUACUCUUAUUCUUUCUUUUUCUUUCUUUCUUCCUUUCUCUCUCUCCUCUCUCUCUCUCUCUCUCUCUCUCUGUCUCUUACAAACAUACACACGCGCGCACCCACACAAACUGAGACACACUACACACAUUCUGUAUUAUCAAAUGAUAAUUGAGGAACAACAAGGCAAUGCAUUAUCUCUUUUGAAUCAGUCAUCUACAGAAAUCCAUCUAGUUUUAUAAGCUGUAAAAUUCUUAAUGAUAGGGUUCGCAAUAGCUCAUCAGAAAAAUGAAAGUGUUGAUAUGACAUCUCAGUAGAAAAGGGGUUCUAGGGGGUGGAAGUCCAUGAAGGAGUACUGAGUUAUCUGAAUAAAGGCAUUGGUUGAAACAUU